AGAAGCAGCGAAUAGAUAUGUUGCACCCCAGCAUCGCUCAUAAAGCCCACAGUUCUUCUCCUUUACCGGAAAAAAGUCUCGAAGGUAAAACACUUGAAGUAGCAGCAGUCUGUCAGUAAUGGCCACAUAAUCUUUUUCACACUUGAAUCCAAACGGUGAACACACAUAUGUAACUGAUCGUAAUGUAUACGUGUAGAACCGCGUUUGUAACCGUAGUAACGUCCGGUGUUCUGGCUGACUUGAACGGCUGGCCGGUUAGGAGACACACGAAACAGCUGUAGUAAGCCAGGAUGAAUAGCCCUGCGACAGAGCUACAGCCACAGUGCAACGAGGAACAUGAUGACACUGCUGAUUCUUUUUCAAAAGGUUGCUGCUCUGAGAAACUCAGUAAUGUCUGUCCAAUCUCAAUAGAGAUCCCCAUUUGGUCAAGGCCUACUUCAAACAUCAGUUUGCCAGGGAUAGUUCCCAAUCCUCAUCAUCAUACUGUCCAAUCAGAAAUGUUGGACCCUCUCAACUUAAGUUAUCAUAUUGAUUCUUUCAUUGAUCCAUAUCAGUCACCUCAUUGUCAGCUGACUUAUUCAGACUGCUUCCUGGAGCCACAGUUGAGUCAGUACCACCUUGUCAGUGGCCCUGUGCCUGCUCCACCAGAUGGCAGCCAUCAAAACUCAGUUUCUCCUUCUUGGUGUACAAAUGAACCCAAUCUCUGCAGCAUGAUGCCGGCUGGUUCAACUAACCAUUUUCUAGGAUUUACUGGUGAGUUACACAAGCCUGUUCCCAUGGAUCAUCAACAGUUUCAGGAGGGAUUGACUGAAGCCAUGUCUCACAUCACACAGCCUAUGGUGUGUAAUGUCAGCGGAGGUGAGCAGUUGGCGCUAGUUAAUCCACACCAGCCAGGACCUGUGUUUCUUACCAUGGAAUCUGCAUCAGCUCAAAGAAAUAACACACUAACUCAAGGGAAAGGUUACGAAGUGACUGUACUGGGGACUUCCAGUCAGCACCAGACAGCUGGUCCACUAUACGAGGCUCAAGAUCAGACAUUCAAAAAGCAGCUUCCCGCAAGAGAUGUUGGCAUGUUUUGUGAAUCAAAGUCCAGGAAGCCCUGCCAUUGCACCAGAUCACAAUGCCUCAAACUCUACUGUGAGUGUUUUUCCAAUGGAGUGAUGUGCAGCAACUGUGACUGUUCUAACUGCCACAACAAUGCAGAACAUGAAAUGAAGCGUCUCAAGGCAAUUAAGUGGUGUUUAGGUCAUAACCCGGAUGCCUUCAGGCCAAAAAUUGCUGGUGUGAAGUCAGGAACGGUCAGAGGUUGGCACAACAAAGGCUGCAACUGUAAACGCUCUGGCUGCCUUAAGCGCUACUGUGAAUGCUAUGAGGCCAACAUCAUGUGUACUUCCAGCUGUAAGUGUGUUGGCUGUAGGAACUAUGACGCAGGUUCACAAUCUGGCUCCAAAGACAAGACUGUCAAUGCGAAGGACAAGUGGCCUGUAUCGGUGAUAACCCCAGCUAUAUUGGAGGCUGUAGGUGACUGUCUUUUUGCUCAGGCUGAGAUGGCUGAGAGAGACACUCGGAGCCCUGCCCAGGCUGAGCACAUGGUCCUGGAAGAGUUUGGACACUGUCUUUCUCAGAUUGCUAAAGCCAUGUUUGAGAAAAAGACAAACUAACACUUCUACACUGUAGACACGGGGAAAAAAUCCUUUGCUUACAAUUUCAGAAAAGUAGACUUGGAUGAUCUUUAUCUGUAUAUUUACAAGUUUUAAUCUCUGGUUUCUGGAGGCUUUACUGGUCAAAGUGAAAUUUGAAUAACUUUCUGAAAUGUUUAUUGUUUAUGUGAAUUCACGUCACUGUUUCCUUUUCUUAUUUUAAGCUUCAGAUUUAGCUUUCAGAGUUGUUACGUAAGAGACAUGUUUAUCUUUUUUAAUUGUGUAUUCUUGUGUUAUUUUUGUUGUUGUUAAUAUAGGGCAAUGUUUCUCUUUAUAAAUUAGCCUUGAGAUAAUAAAGAUAUUCGUUGG